AUGUCAACGGAGAGAGAGGAAUGUGAAGAAGACAGACCAGUAGAAGUCGGAGCCGGGUCGUAUACAGGGAAGUUUACAGGAGAAAAGAAGCGUGGUUUAUUUAGCUCGGUGAAGGACAGCAUAAGCAACCAUGAAAAUAGUCUUCCCUGACAGUGUGGAGAAAGAGCUUGCCCAGCAGCAAGAACAGAGCCAAAAAGAUUCGCAGAAGACGACGACAGCGCCAGGAGCACACCAUGGUCAGCAAAUACAGGCCGAUGGGGGCCAAAAGAUAGAAGAGCUUUCAGAAGCACAGCUGAAAGCACGCAAUGCAGCGAUACAGAACACCACCUCCUCGUUAUACCAGCCGGAGUCUCCCUUGGCGCCAGAGUAUCGGUCCAAGAGCUCUGAGAUCGAAGAACGUUUGAAGCGUAUCAACCAACGGUUUGCAGCUCUCAAGAUGAAGGAGGAAAGCAGGCAUGCGGAGCUGCAGAGGCAGGCGUGGAUAAAGUACAGUCAUCUUGCUAAGCCAACGCUGUCGGACUUUAAAAGACCAAUCACAUCCUUCUUUCUCUUGGCCAGUGCGGUGUACAUGACGGCGCAGUACUCAUGGUUUGCUUUGGAAAGGGAAAACCAUGUCGAGCAAAUGGAGCACACACAAUCGGAGCUUGUGGAUAACCUCAAUAACGCUCUGUUGCGCCAACAGUCAGUGAUACAGCAGUACAAUGAUUCCCUCAAUUCCAGAAAAUGGUGGAAGUUUUGGUAGCGUCCUACAUUUUUGUCAAGCCGCAUGACAUUUAGUCAAACUACUUCAGAUGUACAUAACUUUUAUACGUGUAUGAGUCACAAAUGUACUUGUGUACAAAUAAAUAUAUAGAAAUUAAUUCCCAAGAUUCAUGACAAUUCAUUUGAAGUAAGACAGGGAAGAAACCUUGCCGGCAGCAAGCUGUUUGGCACCAGCAUCAAUGAGGAUUUGCUUGGCCGCAUCAGCCUUGGCAUCCUUUAACUUACUUGCAACUUCAGUGAGCA